AUGGUAUUUCCUGAUCCUGAUGACAAGUCGAAAUUCCAAAAAGAUACAUUAUUUGACGGUGAAAUUGUUAAUGAUAUCGAAGAGGAUAAAUCAAUAACAACUAGAUUAUAUGUUUUCGAUUGCCUUUUGGAUAGAACGAAAAAUCUAAUGUCUAGGCCCUUACAGAAAAGAUUGGGCUAUUUUGAGUCUCAUGUGCUCAAGCCUCACAUAGAAUGGAAGAGAAGGGUGAAUCCCAAGGAUCUACCGUUUGAUUUGGUGUGUAAACCCAUGGUGAAAGCAUACCAUUUCGACGAAACAUACAAAAAGUUAUCGACCCUCAAACACAAUAGUGACGGAUUGAUUUUCACGGCAAUAUCUGCUCCAUACAAAAUUGGGACAUGUGAAGCAAUGCUAAAAUGGAAACCGCCAAGUGAAAAUUCCAUCGAUUUUAAAUUGAUAUUGUUCUAUCAGAAUGGAAAACCUGAAUACCCAGAUAAGAGACCUGAUAGGUUCGAGUUACAUGAGAAUAGGGGUAAAAAGGGCUAUCAUUAUUAUGAUGAAUUGUAUGUUGAAGAUGAAUGGGAAGAGUGGCGGGAAAAAGAAAUAAUAGUUGAUGAUAAAACGUCAGAAAAACGAUUAAAUCUUAAUGGUCGUAUAGUGGAAGUAUUUCGUGAUGAAUCAAGAAAAUGGAGGUUUUUAAGAUUUCGUGAUGACAAAACAGAUGGAAAUUAUUUUACAGUCGUCCGUAAUAUUAUACAAAGCAUCGAAGAUGGUGUAUCUUUAGAGGAGUCUCUAGCACCUGUGCGAAUUUUCCAAGAUGAGGCUACCGAAGAACGCGCUGAAAAUGCGCGACUGUCUUCAUUUAUUGGAGCCAUAGCAGUUGGAGAUUUA